UCUGCUGGCGGACCGACCCACGCUGCCAUUCCCUGCCUCCCCCGUCUCUCCUCGUCUUCCUCUCUGCCUUCUGCUCUUCCUCCUCAGCCGGAGGACCCGUGUGCGCUCCUGAUCGCCGGCUGGGAGCGCUCCCGGCCCCAGGGGGAGGUGUGACCUCUGAGGACGGAGGGAUGGAUGGAGGGAGAGCCGAGGCGUGAUGUUGCCGUGGCUGCGGUGCGUCUGCUGAGCCAGCGUUUCCUGUCCCGCUCAUAGAGGAGGAGGAGGAGGAGGAGGAGGAGGAGGAGGAAGAGGAGGAGGAGGGAGUCUCUGAGGAGCUCAGUCCUGCUGAGGUGGAGUAGCUCACAGAGGAUCCAGCUCUGAUCCGGGUCCAGCUCUCAGGUUCUGGACUUUUCAGCCUGAUUCUGACCCGUUUGUUCCUGUUUCUGGGUGAAGAGCUGAAGUGGACCGUUCUGCUGAGGGUUCUGUUCGCUCCUCCUGGUUCUGGAGUCUCUGUGGAGUUGCUCCUCCAUGCCUCUGCGGGCCGGUCCCGUCUGAUUCUCAUCACUCCCCCCCGGAUCCACCAUGGAGCUUCAGAGCGCCGCCGCCGGCCUCCCCAGCUCCCUCUCCCCCCUCUCCCCCGCCUCGGACUACGGCGGCCCGCUCUCCCCGUCGGGGAUCCCCGGACCCUCCCACUCCCCCGGACCGGGCCGGGUCCCGAGCCCCGGUCCCAUCAGGGGGUCCAGUCCGGGGCCCGGCUUCUCUGGACAGGCGGCCUUUAACUACAACCAGCUGGAAGGACGCUUCAAACAGCUCCAAGAUGAGCGCGAGGCGGUGCAGAAGAAGACCUUCACCAAGUGGGUCAACUCCCACCUGUCCAGGGUCUCCUGUCGGAUCACAGACCUCUACAUGGACCUGAGGGACGGACGCAUGCUGAUCAAGCUGCUGGAGGUCCUGUCAGGAGAGAGACUGCCCAAACCCACAAAGGGCCGGAUGAGGAUCCACUGCCUGGAGAACGUGGACAAAGCUCUGCAGUUCCUGAAGGAACAGCGGGUCCACCUGGAGAACAUGGGCUCUCAUGACAUAGUGGAUGGAAACCACCGUCUGACCCUGGGCCUCAUCUGGACCAUCAUCCUGCGCUUCCAGAUUCAGGACAUCAGCGUGGAGACGGAGGACAACAAGGAGAAGAAGUCUGCUAAGGAUGCUCUGCUGCUCUGGUGUCAGAUGAAGACUGCAGGGUACCCCAACGUCAACAUCCACAACUUCACCACCAGCUGGAGAGACGGGAUGGCCUUCAACGCCCUGAUCCACAAACACAGACCCGACUUGAUCGACUUUGAUAAACUGAAGAAGUCCAACGCUCACUACAACCUGCAGAAUGCCUUCAACCUGGCCGAGCAACACCUGGGCCUCACCAAGCUGCUGGAUCCUGAAGACAUCAGCGUGGAGCAUCCUGAUGAGAAGUCCAUCAUCACCUACGUCGUCACCUACUACCACUACUUCUCCAAGAUGAAGGCGCUGAAGGUGGAGGGCAAGAGGAUCGGAAAGGUUCUAGAUAACGCCAUCGAGACGGAGAAAAUGAUCGAGAAGUACGAGUCUCUGGCGUCGGACCUGCUGGAGUGGAUCGAGCAGACCAUCAUCAUCCUGAACAACAGGAAGUUCGCCAACUCUCUGGUGGGCGUCCAGCAGCAGCUGCAGGCCUUCAACACGUACCGCACCGUGGAGAAACCGCCCAAGUUCACAGAGAAGGGCAACCUGGAGGUUCUGCUCUUCACCAUCCAGAGUAAGAUGAGAGCCAACAACCAGAAGGUCUACACCCCCCGAGAGGGCAAGCUCAUCUCUGACAUCAACAAGGCAUGGGAGCGUCUGGAGAAGGCGGAGCACGAGCGUGAGCUGGCCCUGAGGACGGAGCUGAUCCGUCAGGAGAAGCUGGAGCAGCUGGCCCGUCGCUUCGACCGUAAGGCGGCCAUGAGGGAGACGUGGCUGAGUGAGAACCAGAGGCUGGUGUCGCAGGAUAAUUUUGGAUUUGACCUCCAGGCCGUGGAGGCGGCCACCAAGAAGCAUGAAGCCAUAGAGACGGACAUCGCAGCGUAUGAGGAGCGAGUUCAGGCGGUGGUCGCCGUGGCGAGGGAGCUGGAGGCGGAGAGUUACCACGACAUCAAGCGCAUCACGGCCAGGAAGGACAACGUGAUGCGGCUGUGGGAGUACCUGCUGGAGCUGCUGAAGUCCCGGCGCCACAGGCUGGAGCAGAACCUGGGUCUGCAGAGGGUCUUCCAGGAGAUGCUCUACAUCAUGGACUGGAUGGACGAGAUGAAGAUGCUGCUGCUGUCUCAGGACUACGGCAAACACCUGCUGGGUGUGGAGGACCUGAUGCAGAAGCACGCUCUGGUGGAGGCCGACAUCUCCAUCCAGGCCGACCGAGUCCGUAACGUCAACAGCAACGCUCAGAAGUUCGCCAGCGACUCAGACGGUUAUAAACCCUGCGACCCGCAGAUCAUCCGGGACCGCGUGGCCCACAUGGAGUUCUGCUACCAGGAGCUGAACCAGCUGGCGGCGGAGCGGCGCGCCCGGCUGGAGGAAUCCCGCCGCCUCUGGAAGUUCUUCUGGGAGAUGGCUGAGGAGGAGGGAUGGAUCCGGGAGAAGGAGCAGAUCCUGUCCUCCGAGGAUUAUGGGAAGGACCUGACUGGCGCCGUGCGGCUGCUGAGUCAGCACAAAGCCUUCGAGGACGAGAUGAGCGGGCGAGCCGGCCACCUGCAGCAGACCAUCAAGCAGGGCGAGGAGCUGGUGGCCGACAACCACUUUGGAGCCGAUAAGAUAAAGGAGCGGAUCCAGGACAUCCAGGAGCAGUGGGCGGCGCUGGAGAGUCUGUCUGCGGUACGCAAAGCUCGUCUGCAGGAGGCCUGCAACCAGCACCAGUUCCAGGCGGACGCGGACGACAUCGACACGUGGAUGCUGGACGUGCUGCGCAUCGUCUCCAGCGUGGACGUGGGCCACGACGAGUUCUCCGCCCAGGCCUUGGUGAAGAAGCACAAAGACGUGGCGGAGGAGAUCAGCAGCUACCGGCCCGCCAUCGAGGCGCUGCACGAGCAGGUCCAGACGCUGCCGCCGGAGAAGGCCCGCUCCGAGGAGGUCCAGAACCGGCUGGCGGGCAUCGAGGAGCGGUACCGGGAGGUGGCGGAGCUGACCCGGCUCAGGAAGCAGGCGCUGCAGGACGCCCUGGCGCUCUACAAGAUGCUGAGCGAGGCCAGCGCCUGUGAGCUGUGGAUCGACGAGAAGGAGCAGUGGCUCAACAGCAUGGAGAUCCCAGAGAAGCUGGAGGACCUGGAGGUCGUCCAGCACCGGUUUGAGAACCUGGAGCCGGAGAUGAACAGCCAGGCCUCCCGGGUGGCUGUGGUGAACCAGGUGGCCCGGCAGCUGAUCCACAGCGGACAUCCCAGUGAGAAGGAGAUCAAAGCCCAGCAGGACAAGCUCAACACCAGGUGGAGUCAGUUCAGAGACCUGGUGGACCAGAAGAAGGAGAACCUGAACUCGGCUCUGGAGGUCCAGAACUACCACCUGGAGUGCAACGAGACCAAGUCCUGGAUCAAGGAGAAGACCAAGGUGAUUGAGUCCACCCAGGAGCUGGGCAACGAUCUGGCCGGGGUCAUGGCCCUGCAGAGGAAGCUGACCGGCAUGGAGCGGGACCUGGUGGCCAUCGAGGACAAGCUGAAGGACCUGGAGAAAGAGGCGGAGCGGCUGGCAUCCCAACACCCGGAGGAGUCCGAGGCCAUCAGGGCGCGGCUGGCGGAGAUCACGGGGGUCUGGGACGAGAUGAAGGGAACGCUGAAGAACCGCGAGGAGUCUCUGGGAGAGGCGAGCAAGCUGCAGCAGUUCCUGCGCGAGCUGGACGACUUCCAGUCGUGGCUGUCCAGGACGCAGACGGCCAUCGCCUCGGAGGACAUGCCCAACACGCUGAGCGAGGCCGAGAAGCUGCUGGCCCAGCACGAGAACAUCAAGAACGAGAUCCGCAACUACGAGGAGGACUACCAGAAGAUGCGGGACAUGGGGGAGAUGGUGACGCAGGGCCAGACGGACGCCCAGUACAUGUUCCUGAGGCAGCGUCUGCAGGCGCUGGACACCGGCUGGAACGAGCUGCACAAGAUGUGGGAGAACCGGCAGAACCUGCUGUCCCAGUCCCACGCCUACCAGCUCUUCCUGAGGGACACCAAGCAGGCCGAGGCCUUCCUCAACAACCAGGAGUACGUCCUGGCUCACACCGAGAUGCCCACCACCCUGGAGGGGGCGGAGGCCGCCAUCAAGAAGCAGGAGGACUUCAUGACCACGAUGGACGCCAACGAGGAGAAGAUCAGCGGCGUGGUGGACACUGGGCGCCGCCUGGUCGCCGACGGAAACAUCAACGCCGAGCGCAUCCAGGAGAAGGUGGACUCCAUCGACCAGAGACACAAGAAGAACCGACAGGCAGCAAAAGAUCUGCUGACUCGGCUGAAGGACAACAGGGACCUGCAGAAGUUCCUGCAGGACUGCCAGGAGCUGUCCCUCUGGAUCAACGAGAAGAUGCUGACGGCCCAGGACAUGACGUACGACGAGGCCAGGAACCUCCACAGCAAGUGGCUCAAACACCAGGCCUUCAUGGCCGAGCUGCAGUCCAACAAGGAGUGGCUGGACAAGAUCGAGAAGGACGGCCAGGCGCUGACGGCGGAGAAGCCAGAGACGGAGGCCAUGGUGAAGGAGAAGCUGGCGUCCCUGCAGACCAUGUGGGACAACCUGGAGUCCACCACCCAGACCAAGGCCAAGUGUCUGUUUGACGCCAACAAGGCGGAGCUGUUCACGCAGAGCUGCGCCGACCUGGACAAGUGGCUGACGGGUCUGGACGGGCAGCUGCAGUCCGACGACUUCGGCAAAGACCUGACCUCCGUCAACAUCAUGCUGAAGAAGCAGCAGAUGCUGGAGAGCCAGGUGGAGGUGCGUCAGAAGGAGGUGGAGGAGCUGCAGAAACAGUCCCAGGCCCUCAGCCAGGAGGGCAAAGGCUCGGACGAGGCCGACGGCCAGAGGGUCACCGUGGAGAAGAAGUUCCAGGCGCUGCUGGCGCCGCUGAAGAUGAGGCGGGACAACCUGAUGGCCUCCCGCGAGAUCCACCAGUUCAACCGAGACGUGGAGGACGAGAUCCUCUGGGUGGAGGAGAGGAUGACUCUGGCCUCGUCCACCGACCACGGACACAACCUGCAGACGGUGCAGCUGCUCAUCAAGAAGAACCAGACGCUGCAGAAGGAGAUCCAGGGCCACCAGCCGCGCUACGACGACAUCUUCCAGCGCAGCCAGCAGGUGCUGCGGGCCGGCAGCCCCACGGCCGAGCCCAUCCGCCAGAGGCUGGGGGAGCUGCAGGCUCUGUGGGAGCAGAUCAGGGAGGAGACGCAGAGGAGGCACGGCCGCCUCAGCCAGGCCCACCAGGCCCAGCAGUACUACUUUGAUGCCGCCGAGGCCGAGGCCUGGAUGAGCGAGCAGGAGCUCUACAUGAUGUCUGAGGAGAAGGCCAAGGACGAGCAGAGCUCCGUGGCCAUGCUGAAGAAGCACCAGAUCCUGGAGCAGGCCGUGGAGGACUACGCCGACACCGUCCACCAGCUGUCCAGCACCAGCCGGGGCCUGGUGGCUGCAGAACACCCCGACAGCGAGCGCAUCGGCAUGCGUCAGUCCCAGGUGGACAAGCUGUACGCGGGCCUGAAGGACCUGGCGGAGGAGCGGCGGGGGAAGCUGGACGAGCGUUUCCGCCUCUUCCAGCUCAACAGGGAGGUGGACGACUUGGAGCAGUGGAUCGCAGAGCGGGAGGUGGUGGCCGGCUCCCAUGAGCUGGGUCAGGACUACGAGCACGUCACGAUGCUGCAGGAGCGUUUCCGGGAAUUCGCCCGCGACACCGGCACCAUCGGGCAGGAGCGCGUGGACGGCGUGAACAAGCUGGCGGACGAGCUGAUCAACGCGGGCCACACGGACGCCGCCACCAUCGCCGAGUGGAAGGACGGGCUGAACGAGGCCUGGGCCGACCUGAUGGAGCUCAUCGACACGCGCACGCAGAUCCUCGCCGCCUCCUACGAGCUGCACAAGUUCUACCACGACGCCAAGGAGAUCCUCAACCGCAUCCUGGACAAGCACAAGAAGCUGCCCGAGGAGCUGGGCCGGGACCAGAACACGGUGGAGACCCUGCAGAGGAUGCACACCACCUUCGAGCACGACAUCCAGGCCCUGGGCACGCAGGUACGGCAGCUCCAGGAGGACGCCGUCCGUCUGCAGUCGGCGUACGCCGGAGACAAAGCUGACGACAUCCAGAAGAGGGAAGGAGAGGUCCUGGAGGCCUGGAAGAACCUGCUGGAGGCGGCGGAGGGCCGGCGGGCCAAGCUGGUCGACACGGCCGACAAGUUCCGCUUCUUCAGCCUGGUGCGGGACCUGAUGCUGUGGAUGGAGGACGUGAUCCGGCUGAUCGAGGCGCAGGAGAAGCCCAGGGACGUGUCGUCGGUGGAGCUGCUGAUGAACAACCAUCAGGGCAUCAAGGCGGAGAUCGACGCUCGUAACGACAGCUUCACCGCCUGCAUCGAGCUGGGCAAGGCGCUGCUGGCCCGCAAACACUACGCUUCAGAGGAGAUUAAAGAGAAGUUGCUGCAGCUGACGGACAAGAGGAAAGAGAUGAUUGAUAAGUGGGAGGACCGAUGGGAGUGGCUCAGACUGGUGCUGGAGGUGCACCAGUUCUCCCGGGACGCGGGCGUGGCCGAGGCCUGGCUGCUGGGCCAGGAGCCCUACCUGUCCAGCAGGGAGAUGGGGCAGAGCGUGGACGAGGUGGAGAAGCUCAUCAAACGCCACGAGGCCUUCGAGAAGUCCGCCGCCACCUGGGAGGAGCGCUUUUCUGCGCUGGAGAGGCUGACCACGAUGGAGUUACUGGAAGUGAGAAGAAGGCAGGAGGAAGAGGAGAAGAAGAGGCAACCAGCCGAGGCCCAAGCUGCUGAAGCUGCAGCUCAGAGCAGAGAGGGCGAGCCGGCGUCCCAGAACGGGCUGCCGUCCGAGCAGGAGUCCCCCAGGGAGAACGUGGACGGGGGCGAGGUGGUGAACGGCGUCCAGGAGCCCAGCCCCUCGGCCUCCCCCGGGGGUUCCCGUAAAGGCAAAGCCAGCCAGGCGGCGACGCUGCCGGCUAAAAGCCAGCAGGACGCGCCCGCGCCGCAGAUGGAGGGCUUCCUGCAUCGCAAACACGAGUGGGAGGGCCACAACAAGAAGGCCUCCAACAGGUCGUGGCACAACGUCUACUGCGUGAUCAACCAGCAGGAGAUGGGCUUCUACAAGGACCAGAAGAGCGCCAGUCAGGGCAUCCCCUACCACAGCGAGAUCCCCGUCAGCCUGAAGGAGGCGCUGUGUGAGGUGGCCGUGGACUACAAGAAGAAGAAGCACGUCUUCAAGCUCAAGAUCACUGAUGGGAACGAGUAUCUCUUCCAAGCCAAAGAUGACGAGGAGAUGAACUCCUGGAUGGUGAAGAUCUCUGAGGCGGUGGCGGGCGGCAGGUCGGAGGUCACGCCCAGCAGCCACAGCACGCCGGCCCCCGCCGCACGCGCUCAGACGCUGCCGGCCACCGUGGCGGCCACCACCGCCGAGUCGAGUCCGGGCAAACGAGAGAAAGACAAGGAGAAACGCUUCAGUCUGUUCAGCAAGAAGAAAUAGACGCUCCUCUUUCUUUCUUCCCCCUCUUCCCCCCCUCCCCCCCCCCUCUCCUCUGGUGCUGUCUGGGAUCCUCUUCAUCGCUCCACCUGUGGUCACAGCUCCUCAUCUGUCGGCCAAGUCAUCCAUUCAGGUUCUGCUGAUGGCGGCGGUGAUGACGGCCUCCGCUCUGGUUUAAGCCGUCCUGACGGCGUCACAUUAAAGAAUAACCAACCUUAGCCUGCUCCUCCAGCUUCCUGCUCCGUCACCUGAUCCCAGACAGCCCCUCUUCCUCCUCCUCUUCCUCUCAAAGCGUGACUCCAGCAUGCCAGCUCCGAGCCAAAACUCUCCACUCUGUGCCUCUCAACCGUCCGGUGGGCUCAGAGCUCCAGUUUAGCCGUAAAGGCCCCGCCGGCGUCCCGGAGCCGGGACACAACCACCGCUGGACGCUUCAGGCAGCUGCUGUCCCACAGAUACAAUCACCGCGUGGAGGAACCCCCGCUCUGCUCUCCUUACCGCUGUUUCUCGUCGCUCCAGCUUGGUUCCGUUGAGUUCUGCCUGUCGUGGGUCGUGUUGCGCUCCCCGGUCGUUCCCUGGAAGUGUCCGCGCCUGUCUGGGUCCAUCCUCAGCCUUUUUGCGAGGCCUUGUCUUUGCAAGAUGCCGUGUAUCCCUGUGUAGAGGGGAAACUGAGAGCAGGGCCGGGUCUCCCUCUGGAUUCCCUCUCUGACCCGGUCUGGGUGCUGCUGCUGCUCGGGUGCAGUCUAAUUCCUGCAGCAGCCCAGAGUCUGUGGGAUCCGGAGCGGUGCCCUGCCCUGCUUCCAACUGUAUGUAUAACUUGUGUAUAACAAACUGUUUAAGAUAAACCUGUGUUUAAUGCUUCACUUAUUAGUACUAAUAAUAUGACCAAGCGUGAUAAGCUUCAGUGAUCUAAACUUUUGUUAUGUGGAAACAUAAACCCUGAAUGAAGGAGCCGUGGAUUCAGCUCCAUGGAGGAAUCCAUGAGACCCCAAGGAGCGUUUGAUCCUUUUCCAACAACCAAUCAGGUUUCUUUUCUCGUUUAACUAUGUUUCUAAAACAUUAACCUCUGGCCUUUAUUUCCUGAUGUUUAGUUUAGUGUUCCCCGGUUAAGAUGUCUCUGAGGUUUAUUUAGUCUGAAGUAAGAAGGCGUAGAUGUUACCUUUAAGCAUUGCUGUUAAGUGGAUUGAUAAAAAGUACAUUUCUGGAAGUGAAUAUCGGUCGCUUGCUUGUUGGCUUCAGCUCUGUUGUUAAAAGAUUUCAGACUUUUUGCCGCUGAUUAACUUUGCAGUGAAAUCUGUUUGAGCUAUAUGUGUGGACGCUCUGUAUGGAAGGUCCUUCAUGACAAAAUUCACCGAAAUAAACUUGAGCUGUAACGUUUCUCCUCAAUCAAACAGUAAAAAGUCUCAGAUGAUUGAGGAUGAUGAGAAAACUGCAUCACUAGAACCUGUUAAAUGUUUAAUGACCCAGUUAACACGUUUUUUUUGUUUGGCAAAUGACUUAUUAUCCACAUUUUGUGCCUUCACUAUGAUGCAAUGUAGAAGAAAACUGUUUAUUUACUACAAAUCAUAAAAUAUUUGCAGUUCACUAAAUAGAAAUCACCAGAGCUUUUAAUUAUUGUCAAUGAUCUAACUUUUUUUCCCCAAAAAAUAAGCAGAGUAAUCUCUGCACCUUUUCAUAUAAAAACACAUUUCUGCAUUUAAAACUAUUUUUCUGGGCAGAUGGUGGAAACAUAUUUUUUCUGUGAAAAAAAGACUGAUUUGAAGAUUGUGAUAACGAAGCAGCUCUGGAUUCUGUGUUUUAGGCUAAAUUUAACACCAGGACCAAAUAACGAUUUGUUUCUGGAAUUUUGUCAUUAAUGGCCUUCCAUAGGGCAGCAGGAAUGAGCCCAAACAUGUGAAAGCUGAAUCAUAAAAUGUUGGAGUUUUUUUUCUCUCUCCCCGCAGCUGAUGGAGGAAAUCCGACUCUUUCAUCUCAGAUAACUGACUCUUCACUGGGGGGUGGGCCCUGCGGCGGCCUUGUGGCCCUGCGGCUGCCCUGGGGCCCCGCUUCAUUUCUUUUCUUAAUAUAAUUUUGUGCUACAAUCUCUGGCAGUUUGAUAAGUAUAGUGUGCAUUCCUCUGUCACUGUAAGCAUAGUAACAAGAUAUUUCUUCAUUCUGCACAAUCAGUAACGCCACGGUGGGGGUAGGUGGGGUGGGCGUCAGGCCUGGGGGGGUUCUAGGUUAGAUGGUCGGUGUGAUGCGGACCGGGGGUCACUGCUAGUUGGAUCUGCACCCGUAGACUUCUCCCCAUCUCUGUUACAUAUGUGCAAAAAGCCAUUAAAAAGCUUUUAAGACAAAA